AUGAUUUCUCGCCAAGCUUUAAUGUUACGGCCAUUAAUUAGAAAUCGAGUAAAUUUAUUAAAUUUUUAUUUUCCUUCAUCAUCUUCUUCUUCAAAAGAUAAUUUUUUAAUAGUUACAGAAAAAGCAAUAAAUCAACUAGGAAAAGUUUCAUCGCCUGGAGAAAAUUUACGAAUAAGUGUAGAUUCUGGUGGUUGUUCUGGUUUUGAAUAUAAAAUGAUUUUGGAUAAAGAAAUAAAUGAAAAGGAAGAUGAAAUUAUUAAAUUUUCUAAUGGGGCUAGUGUUGUUAUAGAUAAAAUUUCUCUUGAAUUUAUUCGUGGAUCAAAAUUGGAUUAUUCAGAAGAUUUAAUGAGAGCAGCUUUUCGAAUAAUUGAUAAUCCAAAGGCAACAAAUGGAUGUUCUUGUGGGGCUAGCUUUUCUCCAAAAGAAAUUUUUAAUAUGUUAAUAAUAAAUCGUUUUGGUUAUAAUCUUCCAUUUAAUAUUUAUUUAAAUAAUUAUCGGUUUCAAUUAAUUAUUACAAGAAAAUUUUUAAACAAUUUUGUUGUUAAAAUUGCUCCACAAAUUGAAAAUAAUUUAUUUUUUUCUUCAAAAUAUUUGGAAAAUAAAGAAUAUUUUGAUCAAAAACAAAAUUAUAAAAAAUUUAAAAUUUGGAGAGGAAUGUGGGCAUUUACUUUUUUUGGUAUUUUUGGAUGGGAAGAUUGGAAAAAAUUAGACGAUGAUCCAUUAAAGGAUAAAGUAAAGUGGGCAAUGUUACAUAGAAAAUAUAAACGUUAUGAUAAUGCUGUUGAGGAAUUAAAUAAAGCAUUAAAAGAAGCACAAGAAUUGGGAAAUCAAAAAUAUAUAACAAGAAUAUAUGAUGAAUUAGCAAAUACUUUUUAUGAAUCUACAGAUUUUGAAAAAGCUGAAAAUUUAUUUAGAUUAGUUAUUCACAGAUUAAUAACAAUUCAUCAAAAAACAGAAUCUUCCCCAGAAUUUAUUGGAAUUUCUUUAAAAUUAGCAGAAAUUUUUGCAAAGAAAGGAGACGCUGUUUCUGCAGAUAUUGGCUAUAAACAUUGUUUAAAAAAGCAAAUAGAAGAAUCAGAUAAAGCUUUGGGAAAAUUUUAUAUAGCACAUGGGGCACAUAUUGAAUUAAAAUUUGCCCUUCUUGGAAUGUGUUUUCACGAAUAUGGACUCUUUUUGGUUGAUUUUUAUCCGGAAAGGUUGGAUGAAGCAAAAGAAUAUAUAAAUGAAGCUUUAAAGAUUUCAUAUAAAAUAUAUGGUGUUAAUUCCUCUCAUGCAUUAAAUAUAAUUGUUACAUUUUCUGGGAGAUGUAUACUUAAAAAUCAAUUCAAAAUUGCUCGAGAUUAUUUAGAAAUGGGAAUUGGGAGAAUAUUGGUACAGCCAGAAAAUGAAAAUAUUUUACUCUCCUACUAUUGCUGCUAUUCUGAAGCUUUAUUUCAUACCGGUGAAAAAGAAAUGGCUAUCGAUUACGCGGAAAGAGCAGUCAAUUUAUCAAAAGAAGAAGCUGUAGAUCCUUCUGUGCGCGAAUAUGUCAGUGAUUUUGCAAAACAAAUUAGAAGAGAUGCUUCACGUUCAAAAAGAAGUGAAAACUCGUUGUUAAAAUGGCCUUUUUAG